GUUCCAUUUUUUGUCAUAGGGUCUGGCAGAUUACGGGCCUCCCAUUGCUGCUGCCAGGCCCCUUAAUCUGCCAUGGGCCCCCUGUACCGCCUCCUCAUGCUGCUGCCAGUCCAUGUACGCCUCCCAUUGCUGUCUCCUCACACUGCUGGUGUGUUCCAUUUUUUGUCAUAGGUUGCUGGCAGAUUACGGGGCCUCCCAUUGCUGCUGCCAGCCCCUAAAUCUGCCAUGGGCCCCUGUAACCGCCUCCUCAGCUGCUGCCAGGUCCACAGUGUCUCAUGGGUCCCUGUACGGCCUCCCAUUGCUGCUGUCUCCAUCGCGACACUCUGCCAUGUGCCACUUUCAGGUCUCCUCACACUGCUGGUGUGUUCCAUUUUUUUGUCAUAGGGUGCUGGCAGAUUACGGGCCUCCCAUAGCUAGCUGCCAGGCCCCUAAUCUGCCAUGGGCCCCUGUACCGCCUCCUCAUGCUGCUGCCAAGGUCCACAUCUCUCAUGGGUCCCUGUACGGUCCCAUUGCUAGCAUGUUCCAUCGCCACACCUGCUGCCAUGUGCCACUUUCAGGUCUCCCUCACACACUGCUGGUGUGUUCCAUUUUUUGUCAUAGGUGC